AUGAAGCUUAGUUUGGACAUUAAGGAUCAACAUCUCCAUCCAGAUGAGCCUAUUGUUGUAGACGCAGUACACCGUCAGCUCAAUCCAAUUCGAGUGCUUUACAGGUGGCCUUGGGAUAAAUUAUAUCUACACUUCCUCAAGCCGACAUUUGGUGUGUACUAUGGAACUGCCAUCCGUGUGACAGUGCCUAAAGUGAUACUCACUUUUUUGGCUUUGGAGACAAUGUAUUAUUAUUGGAAAUAUGAAGUCAAGGACUGGCAGCAUCUUCGUGGUAUUGAGACAAUGCCUCAGAAGGAUGUUAUCACAAAUGCGAAGGAGAUUGAGGCGAAGUAUCCAGGAUUGCAAGCUAAAGGUCUGGAGAAUCCUGCCAAGCACAACUACUAUAGUCCCACUUUCGAUAAGAGAACUGCCUAUCUGGAUGUUGGAGUUACUAAACGACCAUGGUAG